AUGCCAGCACUGUUUUUAGCUUGGGAUGUGGAAAUUUAUCAUCUGCAAAAGGGACGUGAUGCCGGCCUUGGAGGAACUAUUAAGAUUAUUGAAGAAGGGCCACUUCGUUCUGCUUUACUGUUGGAGACUAAUCUAAGCAAGACUAGUAAAUUAUGUCAAAAGAUAAUUUUGACUGCUACAUCUCCAAGAAUCGAUUUUGAAACAAGAGUUGAUUGGAACGAAAACAGACAAUUUUUG